CUUUACGGGUUGUUUGCUCAGGUUUGCAUCAUGGGUGAACCGCAGCAGGUCAGCGCCCUGCCGCCGCCUCCGACGCAGUACAUCAAAGAGUACACCGAUGAAAACAUCCGCAAAGGGCUGGCCCCCAAGCCCCCUCCUCCCAUCAGAGACAGUUACAUGAUGUUUGGCAACCAGUUCCAGUGCGACGACCUCAUCAUCCGUCCUCUGGAGAGCCAGGGCAUCGAGAGGCUUCAUCCCAUGCAGUUCGACCACAAGCAGCAGCUCAAGAAGCUCAACAUGUCCAUUCUGGUGAACUUUCUGGACCUGCUGGACAUUCUUAUCAAAAGUCCCGGCAGCAUAAAGCGGGAAGAGAAGCUGGAGGACAUUAAGCUUCUGUUCGUCCACAUGCACCACCUGAUAAACGAGUACCGGCCUCACCAAGCUAGAGAGACGCUGAGGGUGAUGAUGGAGGUGCAGAAGAGGCAGAGGCUGGAAACGGCGGAGAGGUUUCAGAAACAUCUGGAGAGGGUGGUGGAGAUGAUCCAGGGAUGCCUGGCUUCCUUACCUGACGACUUGCCUCAAUCAGAGAGUCCAGAUCUGGUCAGCAGUGGGACUAAGGCGGGUUCUGCUGGACCUAGUUUUGGUUCUGGACAGACCCUGCUGCUGAAAACGGAACCGAUGGAUGUGGAGGAAACGGGUUCCAGCUGCAUGGCAGCAGCUGCGCCGGAUAAAAACGUUAGCGCUUCGAAAAAGGACAAAGUUUGGGACAAGGACGCUGCCAUGUGUAGCAUCAUUGAUGAAAUCGCUUAAAGUGGAUCAUGUUUUCUUUUUGCACCCCUGGAUCAUAUGUUUAAUUAUCUUCGGUGUGAAAUGUGUUUACUUGCAAAUAGAAUCUAUAAAUCUUUGUAGAUAUAUAAACAUAUUAGAACUCAUUGUUUUUUUUUCCCCAUGAUGCUCAAUAAAGGAUUUUUCCAAUU